AUGUCGUCAACAGGAAACUUGAAAUCACACUUUGAAAAGGAGAUACAGAAAGCAAAUGAACCAGCUGGUUCCAAGGACAGGGUUUGGACUCCACACUCUGAUGAUGGAUACCACAGACAGACUGCAAUGAAGCCAUCAAAGUCACCACCUCCCAAGAAGACCAUCUCACAGUUGCCA